GUCUCUUCCCAUCCCUGCCUUCUGCCAAACUGCAGAAAGGAGAAGAGUCCCUCUGAGCCUGUAGUAGCUCCCCAGUGACACCAGCAUGGAUCCUCGUGGGCCCCCCAUCACCUUCUUCCUCCUCCUUCUCUUCCCCUUCCAAGUUGCAAGAGCGGAUGACCCUAAAGAGACCCCCACCGACUUAACCCCCCAGAGCUUGGGCAGCUCGGUCAGUCUUCCCUUUGGCAUCCCGAAAGGGAUCGAUUUCUCCGAUAUCUCCCUGCAUUCUGCCUCCAGGUCACAGAAGGAGGCGGUGGCUUUGUGGACGCCUGGGCAGCCCCUUACUGUGGUCAGCCCGAGUUAUGCCGGGAGGGUGUCUUUUCUGGAUGAAACGGACUCCUUCCAAAUCCACAACCUGACCAUGGAAGAUGGAGGAAUCUACGACAUUCUGCUGAACAACGUGUCCUCCUUUUCGAGGCUAAAGCAGUACACUCUGUUUGUGUUCAGUGUCAGAACCACUGAAAACCUGCUUUCCAACGGCUCCUGCAGCCUCGAAUUGGAGUGCCAGGCGGGGGCAGGGAGCAGGGGGAAGGUGACCUACUCCUGGAAGCAUAAAGAAACGGGGGUCACCCUGUCUCAGAAUUCCUGGCUCCAUCUCGUCAUGAGCCCCAAGAACAAGGGCGACUUCUACACGUGCACGGCGCAGCAUUCUGCGGGGGCCCAGAGGGCAUGGGACGUUGCUCCCUACAGGGAGUGCAUAGCGGCGUCUGGGCCUGCAGGACCCUUUGGGACCAUCAGCAAAGCUGUUUUUGCACCUGCUGUGGUUGCCCUCUUGAUGCUCCUGUGAAGUUGGUCAGCUUUCGAACCAGUGCCAGAGUGAUGUGGAAAUUAGCUAUCCUGCCGCUUCCAAACCCUUGCACGGGUGUUUCCCCCUUACCUCCUAGUCUGUGGCCUGCCUGCAGCGCCUCUGGUUUCCCUCAUGACCAAACCAGAGAGAGAGAGAGAGAGAGAAUGCAAGACCAGAUUAGCAGGAACAUUCCCUAACGGCACCCCCUGACCAGGGCUACACACCUUGGGAUCCCCGGGUGUUAAUUGGCACAUCACCCAUGCCUCACUCUGUUGGAAAUGUUGGACUGCAGCUCAGACCUGAUGGGCUUGCAGGGGGCUGCCUCACUGCCCUUUGAUCUCCCGUGCUGACCUAUCCUUCAGGGUGUUCAGUGAUGCUCUUCGGGUUGCUGACCUCACUUCCCGCUCCGGUCAUAUCCCUGUUUCCUGGUCCAGACUCCUGUUAAAUCACUGCCUCAGUUGCCUUGUUUAAAUGUGAGCUGCUUGGCUCAUUCGCUCAGGUUCAGCCCCAGGGGCCGGCGCCAAGGGCUGGCAUGUCUGGGGCACCCUCCAAGAGCCCACACCCCAGCAGGGGAUGCACUGAUUCCUCCUCUUCGUCACCAUUGCAGCCUGCUUGCUUGUUUAUACACCGCUCACUCUGGCCAGACAGCGGUGGGGUGAGGAGAAGGGCCAGGGAGGCCUCUGCGUGCUUCCUCUUUCGUUGUGUCACUGGCUGGCAAGCAAACACACUGGUGACAACAAAGUGGACAAAGAAUGGGCUGGUGGAGGUGACAAAAAUGGCAAGGAGGGGUAGGGAGGGACCCAUGAGGGUCAAUGUCUGAGAGCUGCUGCCAGUCAGUGUAGGCAAUACUGAGCUAGAUGGGCCAAUGGUCUGACUCGGUUGAAGGGAGCUCCCCAUGCCCCUCCUUCAAUCAGCUCUUUAUUCAAAACCAUGAGGUCUGGAAUCUUGCUUUAUUUUGAUGGUCUGGUUUGCUUGCAAAAGGUCCCAGGUUUAAUCCCUGACGGCAUCUCCAGGUAGGGCUGGGAAUGUCCUCUCUCUAAAACUUUGGAGAGCCCUUGCUGGUCAGCACAGACUAGCCUUCUUCUCAAAAUGUUUUUGGGCUUCCCAGUUCCCAUCAGUUCCCAACGGCCAAGCAUGGUGGGAGUUGUAGUUCAGGAACAUCUGGAUGCAACAAGACGUUGCAAGGGAUCUUGACAGGCACCUCUUGGAUUUUCCCAAACUGCUUCAUCUCAAAGCCUGGCAAUUGUGAGUUAACUUUGUUUACUGUCCUGGGGUGAUUGUUGUGUGUGGGGCACAGAAUGUACGGUUGUUGAUAAUUCUGCACUGAAAAAGGCCCUCUAACCUGUCCAGCAGAUGGCAGCAAUGAGCUGUGUUGAGGUUCUAAAUGAGAUUUUCUAUUUGAUUCCUUCCUAUGGUUCCAUAUCUGCCAUAGAUGAAAGGGAGUGUUUGUGUGUGUGUAUGUAUGUGUGUACAUGUAUGUAUGUGUGUGCAGAGAACUGGGGUGGAGGGGCAAUUUGAUUUUGUUUGCAUUUUGAGGGACAACUUAAUCUGCACUUUGCAAACCAACACAUGGACCGAAAGACAGCUAUCCUUUGAAAUUUGCUCUUCUCUGACGUUAGCAAUGCAGUUCCUUGGACAGAAAAAUGCACGUAUGAGGAGGAAAUGUGCAUUAAAAUGCAUAUAUUAGGGGAAAUAACGUACAAAAUACAUUAUAUUAGGGAUCUUUGCUUGCAAAAAUGUGUAUGUUGGUCAAAAUUGCAUACAAAAUGUGAAGAAAUUUGCAUUAAAAUGCUGGUGAAUGUU